UGUUGCAAUGACUGAUCGGUUCAUGUUGUGCUUGUUUAGUUUUUGAAUAAAAUUCAAACAAACCGAGUUUUAAACUCAAUGUAAUAUAAUAAAAAAACUAAUUUUAUCCACAAUUACCCAAUAAUGAAGAAGCAAUUAAUAAUUUUAUUUGUUUCGUUAUUCAGCGAAUGUUUGGCAAUAUGGUGUUAUCAGUGUACUGCAGCCACGCCUGGCUGCAACGAGCCCUUCAACUGGCGUGGUAUUGGUUACCUCGGGAAUCCUUGUCCUGACAGGGAAGAUGUUUGUGUAAAAUUGAUAGAAAGAAAAGGAGCUCAAGAAGUUAUAACAAGAGAUUGUUUGAGCAACUUCAAGCCUUUCAGAACAGAUAUACCAGCUGACACAUAUGAAGGUUGCAGAUCAGCCGCUAAAGAUGUUAACUUGGCUAAUUAUGUUAACAAUACAAUUAAAGAACUAGAUGUUAAGAGAGAUUGGUAUGAUGAAACUAUUUGGUGUUUCUGUUUCCUGGAUCAUCGGUGUAAUGCUGCAUCAGAUGUUACAAAUUCAUUUGUUGUGGUGACAUUGUCAUGUAUUGUGGUAUUGAUCAAAAUACUUCUUUGAUAGUCAGUCAUGCAAUACAAAUGAGACUGACGCUAGUUGUAAGUAUACAAUAGAUAUCUCUUAUCGACGCUGGAAAGCAUAAACGCUGUAACCCUUGAAAUCGCGAAUAUGUUU